AUGCCACCACGCGCACGCGCAAAACCUGCAACUGGGCUCGCUGGGUUCGCGGCGUCCGAUUCAGAGCCCGACCUGGACGCUUUCGACAAGUCCGAACUCCAAGCAGUUGCACGUACUAUGAGCACCACAAAGAAACCCCGUGGUCGCCCGCCUGGUACAGCUAGCAAGGUGACCAAGACCGCACCUCGGACGGCACGUCGGACAAGCAGCGACAGGCUAUCGGCUGUACCAGAAUCGACAGAGCCAUCAGCCGCUGCAACCAAGAAGAAUAGUAGCGUGUCGAAAGCCACGCGCAAAGUCCAGCAAAUAGCUCAUGACGAGACUGUUACAUUUGACGAUAUUCCGGCCACUGUUCCCGCGACUGACACGAAGAAGGGGACGCGCGGGCGUCCAAAGAACUCCAACGGCGACACGUCUAUUAUUGCUCCACAAAGUACUGUGAAGCGUCGUGGUCGACCCCCACGACAACCCGCGACAUUAGUUGAGGAGGUUCCGGAAACGCAGCAAGCCGACAUGAUGGAACUAGAUGCAGUGCUAGAGGAGGAAGAAGAAGGGGAAGAACUGGAAAAUCGAAAUACGGGCGUGACAUCGGCCAGUGUAGCCCUUGAAUCGUGGGCAGAGUACGACACGAACGACGUCUCGUUGCGUAGGCGAGUGGGAGAUCUUGCCAAAAAGUAUGAAGCCCUUGAGGCACGUCACCGAGACCUCCGUGAAAUCGGCGUUCGAGAAGCUGAGCAAAACUUCGCCCGACUUAAAAAACAGGCUGAAGAGCGCACUGCCGCCGCCACCCAGCUAAUCACUGAGCUCAAGGCUGAGCUUGCUGCGCAAACUGCGCUCGCCAGGGAAGGUGAAGAACUUCGAAAACAACUGGAAGCCAGCGAAGCCAAGACUCAGAAUUUGGAAGGCACUAUCCAGGAUUUGAACAAAUCUUUGUCCGGGGCAAAGGCCGAGAUCAAGACUCUUUCUACCAAACUGGCCGCUGUAAGAUCGGGCGACUCCAACUCCAGAGUACCAGGAAGCGCCAUCAAGACUGGUGGUCCUGCAAACCGCACUGCCCAGGCUGAAGCUGCUCAUGCUUCACAAGCUAUUGCGCAAGCCAAGGAAGACUUGUACGCAGAUCUCACAGAUUUAAUUAUACGCGGUGUGAAGCAAGAAGAAGUGGAGAAUACAUUCGAUUGUAUACAAACUGGGCGCAAUGGCACUCUUCACUUCAAACUGGCAGUCGAGAAUGAUAGCAGCCUCGAUGAUUUAUACUUUACAUACCAACCACAACUUGACGCUGGGCGAGACCAGGAAAUGAUAGAAAUGCUCCCAGAAUACCUUACUGACGAGAUUAUCUUCCCUCGGUCCCAGGCACCCAAGUUCUACUCAAGAGUCAACAAAUCUUUGACGGAAGACCUGACUCGGUAG